AUGGCGCUCACUCCAAGUGAUGUACAAAAGAUCAGUGAUCUGUGUGAAGUAAAACAUACAGAUAGCUGGAGUUUGAUCAUGGAUCUAGAACACAACAUGGUCAUUUGUGAAGAGAACAUGACAGCAUUCAUUGAAAAGUUGAAGAAACAUAAACUCUACCAAGCUGUGAAAGCUCUAACAGAAGACAUUCCAAAGCCACCAUCAAACUCAGGACAAGCAAGUGACAUUCCGAAUAUAUCUUCAAACUCAGGGAAUAGAUUUGGUAAAGACAUUCCAGCUCCAAAGUCACCUUCAAACCCAGAACAAGCAAGUUACAUUCCAAAAUCACCAUCAAAUUCAGGACAAGCAAGUGACAUUCCAAAUACAUCUUCAAACUCAGGGAAUAGAUUUGGUGAAGCUUUCCAUUUAGGAUUAAAACGUCGAAGAAUAGAUGAACCGGGACAAAAACCACACCUUGAUAUGAUUGAUGAUCUCUUAAGAAAUAUUGAAAGUUUGCCAUCAGGUGACAUUCCAGAAUUUUCCACAAAGUUGAAAAGUAUUUAUAUGUAUCUAAAAAACAUAAAUUUGCACAUUGAUGAUAUAUCAAAGGGAUCUAUAGUUUUUCAUCUUUCUGUUUAUGAUCCAUAUGCAUUGAUGAAUUUAUGGGAAAUACAUUCAAGCAGAGAACUAAUAAAAGAUUUAGCAAAAUUAAUAGUCCCAGACGAUCUUCGAGAGGAUUUUAUUAAAGAAUGGAAGACAGUAGUUGAUAAAGAAGAAUACGAAUCUGCCCUUAUGAGGCUAAAGGAAAGAGUUCAAUAUGAUUCCUUCUAUGGCAUAAUAAGUGAUGACAUUGAAUGGGAAAGUCAGAUGGUGGUGGAACUAACACAAAGAAGACCAGAUUUCAUGUUUAGUAUCCUCAAACAUUGGAGGUUGUGCAAACCUGAAACUAUCAAUGAUUUAAUAGCAAAAAGCAGGAAACUAAUCACUGCAUUUUCACCAAAACCAUUGACUGAAUAUUCUAAGUAUGCUGCACACAGUGUUGUUGUUCAAAUGCUUGAAGCAAAAGCACUUGAUGAUGCCAAGAUAAUUCCAAUCAAAAUUUCAGAAGAUUCUGUUGUACCUCCUGUGUUUGCAUCAUUUACUGUCAUCAAUGCCAGUGAAGAACACUUUGUUGAUAAAGUUUUGCAAGACUUAGAUGAGUAUGGUAAGUAUUGGCAGCUCUGCUAUUUGGUAUUGCAAAUUUUUAAUUUUUUUUUAUUAAUGCCUUCUAUACACUAUAGUUCAGAAGUUUAAAAAUACACUUAUUGCAAGCUAUAGUAAUACAUUCUGGUUCCUAGACAGAACAUUAAAAUUAUUUAAAAUAUUAGAGCACAAUUAAACAAGUUGAAUUAGGGAGCAAUGUAAAGAAAUAGUAUCUACACUGCAUUAUUUAAUUCUAUUCUAGUAUGAUGGCACAUUCAGUAUAAAAAGAAAUCAACGUCUAAAAUUGUAAUCAAAUUCUCAAAAAUAUUGACAGGCUCUUAAAAGGAAACUAUAUCAACUUAUAUGUGACUGCAAAUAAAGAAAAUAUCAAGGCAAAUUCAGAAAAUUGGUUUUUAACAUAGUUCUUGUGGUACCCUAUAUGUAUAAGAUAUUCUCUUGACUUGUUCAAUUUUCCAAUUCUCCUUUAUCAGGUGUUGUUUGAUUUAUUUCUAGUAUACUGAGAGCAGGGGUUUAGCCAGAAAAACA